AUGCAUUCUUACGUGCGGGCAUCUGAGGUGGACCAGGUAAUGCGCCGGGGCCUCCGCCAGGUACAACAAGGCCCCAGCGACGUGGCGGCAUGCGCCAACCUGGACGGGCUGGUGGACCACCUCCUACGGCCCCUGGAGGAUCUGGGCGUGCUGCAAUACACGCCGGGAAAACAGUUGCUCAACGCGGACGCCCUGAGCAGGCUGCCACUGCGGUCUACGGAGGCUGAUGACGUGGACUCGCCGCCGGCAUCAGAUGACUGGGUGGUCCCCAUGGAAAGCAACGUGUACGUGCGGAACUACGGUGUCGGAGAAAAGUGGACACCAGGGCGUGUGCAGUCCACUGCAGGAUCCCGAAUGGUGACCGUCCAAACUCCUCAUUCUGUAGUCAGACGCCACGUUGACCAAGUGCGCCCUCGACAAGCAUCGCAGUCCCCAUCGCCGGGCUCUGCAUCCUUAUCAGAGUCUAAUAUGUCCAUGCUGCCGAAACGAUCGCCGGGGCCCUCAACUACAAGCUCCACCGUGCUGCCUCCAGAAGCGCUCACUACCGCAAGCCCCCACGACCAUCCAGUGCCAACCAUGCCACAGGCCGGUCCUACACAAGCGGCGACCCCAAGCGCGGAACCAGUGCUUCGGCGUUCUACCAGACAACGCAAGCCAGUACAACGGUUCCAUUUUUAAGAAGAGAGAAGUGUUGCGAACUGAACUCUCCUACUUCUACGUCCCCCUUUCCCCCCUUCGUGUUUCUGUCGAUGGCUGAAGCGAUAGCCAUUCCCGCCCCCCUUUUUCCCCUCUCCCUGCUUCGUAGAUGAAGCUACAAAAGAAGCUCGCGCGAAA